GAUCUACAAUAGGAUAUAGAAAACUCGGAAUGCUAUUUUUGGAUGUUGAACCUAACGAAUCACAUUGCCGUAUAAACCCUUGUUUCGUUAACACAUGAACGCGCAGAUUAAAGGGGAGAGUGUGGAAAAUGGAGGGUUACCCGCCAAUACGUGAGAUUCCUAAUGAACCUGUUGUUAAGCGUUACAAGUUCGCAUGGCGGGCUAUUCUCAUUUUUAACUUUGCUCUUGGAGCAUAUAUGUUUGCGCAGGCAGGUUGGAAAGAAAGAGUCAAAGAGAAAACUGAAAGCAAAGCUGAAGUUGUUUCCACUCCAACUGAAACAACUGCUCCCCCGGUUGAGGAACCAGCAUUCGAACCUCCUGUCACAAGGCCUGUGAUUGUGCGACAGCCCAUUCCUGAAGACAGGCAACGUGAACUUUUCGAGUGGAUGCUGGAAGAGAAAAGAAAGAUCAAACCCACGAAUCGACAAGAAAAGAAGCAAAUGGACGAAGAGAAAGCUAUUCUUAAGCAGUUUAUUCGCUCAAAGUCCGUCCCCAGUAUUUGAUGUUUUACUGGCUGUUCUUUAUCCAAAAAUAAAUAAAUAAAAUUUGUGGUGGAGUGUACUCUACUCGGGCUUCAUAGGUUUCAGGACUUAGCAUCUCUUUCAAUCGUGGCAGUAAUGCCGCGUUUGAUCAUUUGGGCUAGGAUCAAUAUACUUGAGUUAUAUAACUUCAACUAUGGUCCUUUUGCCCUCUAUUCUUAUGACAUGUGCGGGAUCAGAACACUAGUAAAUUGGUCUUCGAAGAGCACCAGCUUUUGAUAUUGUGAUCCAUAUUUGUGUAUUCUCGUUAAAAUAUUUUGUUCACUGUUGCUCAUAACUAGUGCAGAAACCUUUUGAAAAGUGCAAUAUUUGACUCUUAUGAUA